CUGACUCUACGAUUCUAUGAUCAGCCCCAUUAUCAAGAACCCCACCAGUUCAUCACCAUCAUCGCUGUCACCAACGGCCAGGUUUGUGAUUCUAUGAUUUGGAUGGACCUUGGGGUCUCUUCCAACUCUACGAUUCUAUGGUUAUCAUUCUCACCAGUGACAACCCCAUCAGUUCAUCAGCAUCAUCACCGAUGACUAGGAUGGCCCUUGGAGUCUCUUCUAACUUCAGGAUUCUAUGAUCAACCCUAUCAGCAGCAACUCCACCAGUUUAUCGCCAUCACCACUAACCAGAUCUUUCUAACUGCUGAAGAUGACUGCAAAAUUGGAGUCACUGAGAAAGGGAGAGGCUGGUUGAAUGGACCAAAGCAGCCUUAACAUAGAUUGGGGGCGCCUGAAUACAUGCUGUCUGUGUUUGCACUUCCUCAGCCUCAAAAGAUUAUGUCAAAUACAGCUGGUCUCUGUUGUCAUACCCUUGCCUUGUGUAGUUUUCUGGGCACCUCUAGUAUACAAGAAGGCAACUUAUGUAAAGAGUCCCAACAGAGGAGAAAGCCCCAUGUUCUCCGUGUGCCAUUGAAUUUGAUCCCCAGUUCAGUUGGCAAGGAGGGGGUGGAAGGAAGAAUGGCCCUUGCAAAGAGGAGACUGAUUUCCUUGGCAAUCCUGUAGGAAGAAGAGACCCCCAAAUUCUGUUGGAUUUCCCUUCUGUACCUCAGCAUUAUUGAAAUUGACUGAAUCCAUAUUUCUCCCCAUGAGACCUGUCUGCUUUUCAUAUGGAUGAAGACUGGAAUACAAAGAAUAUGGCCAAAUUGAGCUAUCUGGGAAGGGAGAGGAAGCAUGAAGCCAUUCCUUUUCAGUCAAUGGUUAGCGUACUGAAGACCUCUAUGGUGGGCUUCAAGGGUGACAGAACUCACUUUGUGGUUCUAUGAAAACUGAUGUGUCUUGACUGGUGUGAGAGAAUCCCAUGGGAUACAAUUUGUUGGAAUUCUGCAUUGAUAUCAAGCAUGACAAGCCAAGAUCCAUGACUCAGAAAAGAAACCCUUCUAGAGAAGGGUCCAUGUUUUCCUCUUGGACUCUAUAACUGGAUGGUAGCUCCAUGCCGGUGUUUCCAAUGAGGUGUUGGUCACUGCCCAUCACCUCCCUGGUGCUGAAAUUUGGAUGAUGCCUAUCAGGAGACCUCAGGGCUGCUGCUGCGUAUCACAUUUCAAUGAGGACAAUGGCAGAUUUGUCCUCUUAGCAGUGCUCAUUGUGGCAUACCUGACUGCUGGAGCAACCAUCUUCUCUGCCAUCGAGAGUCCCUCUGAAGCAGAAGCUCAACAUCGUUGGAACUGGACCCUUCAGAACUUCAGCCAGAUCUUCAACAUCAGCCUCCCUGAGCUAAGGGCUUUCUUAAGAAGUUAUGAGGCAGCCAUGGCUGCAGGAAUCCGAGCAGAUGCCCUCCGACCAAGAUGGGACUUCACAGGCGCUUUUUAUUUUGUGGGCACAGUGGUGUCAACUAUAGGUUUUGGGAUGUCCACACCAGCAACGGUAGCUGGCAAAGCCUUUCUUAUUGUUUACGGUCUAUUUGGAUGUGCUGGGACCAUCCUCUUCUUCAACCUCUUCCUGGAGCGCAUCAUCUCGCUUCUGGCUUUGGUCAUGAAGGCUUGCCAUGAGAGGCAGCUGCGGAGGAGUGGUCUUCUACCUCCAACAUGUCGCCGGGGCUCAGGCCUGUCUGAUGCGGACAGCUUGAUUGGUUGGAAGCCAUCAGUCUAUCACGUGAUGCUGAUUUUGGGAAUUCUUGCCAUUACUAUUUCUUGCUGUGCCUCAGCCAUGUACACAGCUGUGGAAGGAUGGAAUUACAUUGACUCCUUAUACUACUGUUUUGUCACCUUCAGUACCAUUGGAUUUGGAGAUCUAGUGAGCAGUCAAAAUGCAGUCUAUCGCAAUCAGGGAUUAUACAGAUUUGGGAACUUCAUGUUUAUAUUAAUGGGAGUAUGCUGCAUAUACUCUCUUUUUAAUGUCAUCUCAAUUGUAAUCAAGCAGGUUUUAAACUGGAUGUUAAGAAAGUUUCGUUGCAGGUGUUGCCCGGAUUGCAAUAAGCCAACCACUCGCCUAGGGAGGCGCAACGCAAUCACUCCGGGAUCCCGCUUCCGGAGGCACAACUUCCCUGCAGAGACAGACGGACAGUAUGACAGUGACACAGACGGAAGAAGGCUUUCAGGUGAAAUGAUCUCCAUGAGAGAUCUUACAGCCUCCAACAAAGUCUCUCUGGCACUUCUGCAAAAGCAAUUAUCCGAGACAGCCAACGGCUACCCCCGGAGCGUCUGCAUAAACACUAGACAAAAUGGCUUUUCUGGAGGAGUAGGCGCUCUAGCUAUCAUGAACAAUAGACUGGCAGAGACAAGUGAUUCUAGGUAG